AUGGGUUUGGGUAGGAUUUGUCUAGUGUGGUGCAUAUUAGUGGUGACUGUCACAUGUAACAUUUCGGGUCCUCCUCAAGUUUUUGAUGUAAGAAAUUAUGGUGCAAUCUCUGAUGGCGAGACUGACAAUCAAGAGGCAUUUUUGAAAGCAUGGAAUGAUGCAUGCAAAUGGGAGGGUAGGGCAAGGUUGUUGAUUCCACCCGGAACAUACAUGGUGGAACCCAUAAUAUUUUCGGGUCAAUGUAACGGCUCAAUGACUGUUGUGCUAAAAGGGGUUUUGAAGGCUCCGACCAAUCCAUCUUCAUUCAUCAAUAUGGAUCACUGGAUUACUUUCCGAUAUGUCGACUGGCUCACCGUCACCGGUGGUGGUACCUUGGAUGGCCAAGGAGCCUCUGCUUGGCCGUACAAUAAUUGUAACAAGAACUCAAAUUGUCCCAAACUUCCUAUUACAAUGAGAUUGGACUUCAUAACAAAUGGAAUGCUAAAACACAUAAAAUCAGUGAACAGCAAGAAUGCCCAUUUCAACUUGUUCGCAUGCAAUAACACGAAGGUGAGCCAUGUCAAAAUCACAGCCCCCGGAGACAGUCCGAACACCGAUGGAAUCAAGAUUGGAGGCUCAAAUAACAUAGAAAUUUCACAUACCGGGAUAACCACCGGUGACGACUGCAUAGCCAUUCUCGGUGGUGGAACCUCAGGUGUCAAUAUUACCGAUGUCUUCUGUGGCCCCGGCCACGGAAUCAGCAUCGGAAGUCUGGGAAAUAACAAUGACAAAGAUCAUGUCGCCGACAUUCAUGUAAGCAACUGCACUCUUAAUGGCACCACUACUGGUUUGAGGAUCAAAACAUGGCCGAGAUCGUUGCCUGGCAACGCUACCAACAUUACCUACGAACAGAUUUUCAUGGACAAUGUUGCCAAUCCAAUCGUUAUUGAUCAAAUGUAUUGUCCUAGUGGAGGCUGCUCUAAACAGAGCAAUUCACCUAUCCAAAUCCAAGAUGUAACAUAUAAGGGGAUUUGGGGCACAUCAAGUUCGAAAGUUGCGAUGUAUUUUCAAUGUAGCGAAAGCUUCCCUUGCAAAAAUGUAGUGACUCAGGAUAUCGAUUUGUUCUAUCACGGCCCUGGAGGACCAGCAAAUUCAACAUGCAAUAACAUCAAUGGAAAGUCUUACGGGAAGCAAAAUCCUCGCUCUUGUUUGUAG